AUGAACAAGGGCUAUGAUAUGGCAACUUCUGUCCAGUAUCUCAACAAACUCAACCGUCGUGUGCGAGUCGGAGACAGGCGGCAAGCAGGACGCGCCACUGCAAUCAUGCAGCGUAAAGGCGUGCCAAUAUCUGGAGCGCCGAAUGCCAAACAGUGUCUUUUCCGCUCGGCCAAGUCCCACGUCCCAAGAAUAUCCGCUUCGCUGGGCGGUUUGAGAAAUCUUGGUUCCCUGCCAGAGGGGGCUGGUGCUGACUAUGACGACACCACCUCCGGAACUCGCGGGACAACCACGUAG